GGGAGGCCGGCCGGGCGCUCCGGGCUCGAGGCGGGAAGUGGGCGCGGCGAGGGCUGUGCUGGGCGCUCGGCGGCUGCGAACCAGUAUGGGAGUGGGGCCGCCCGGCCGCCCGCAGCGUCUGGAGCCCCGCUGAAGCUGCAGCGGAGACCCCGCUCGGGAGCCGAGAUGUGUCUGCGCCUGGGUGGCCUGAGUGUGGGUGACUUCCGGAAGGUGCUGAUGAAGACGGGGCUGGUGCUGGUGGUGCUGGGCCACGUGAGCUUCAUCGCAGCCGCUCUCCUCCACGGCACGGUGCUGCGCUAUGUGGCAGCCCCCAACGAUGCUGUGGCUCUGCAGUACUGUGUGGUCAACAUCCUCUCUGUCACUUCCGCCAUCAUGGUAUGGCCAGGCUGGGUGACUGGCAGGAGGGGGCUGGAAGGGUCUUCGAUGAGUCCCCACCCACAGCCUGGGGUGGGCAGGCAGAGAGCCCCAAGUACUAACCCCUGUUCUGCCACUUACCAACGGCACCAGUUACCCAACCUCUCUUUGCCUCAGCUUCCUCAUCUAUAAAAUGGGGAUGGUAACCGAGUCCAUCUGAGAGGGUCCUGAUGAGUACUGAAUGAGAUCAUCCACAUAAAGUGCUGAGCACAGUGCCUAGCACAUGGUUAACACUCACUACUGUGAGCUUGGAUUAUUAUUGCAAUAGGGAAAUAGUCAAGGCACUGUUGGCCAGAAGGAAGGAGCAUCAGCUCAGCUUGGGAGGGUUCACAGAGGUGGAGGCCCCUGAGGUGGGUAUUGAUGGAUGAAUAGGAGUUCAAAGAUAGGCUGCAAUUACCAUAACCUGGGUAUGAAGCCUGCUGGGGCCAGCAGGUAGGAGAGGAAGCUGGGAUGGCUUUCAAGUACGGAGAAUGGCAAAUGCAAAGGUGUGGAGGUGGGAAUGGAUAAGGUGUGCUCUGGAGACACUGAAAAAACCAAUUUGGCAGGAGUUUAGCAUUAGGCCUGUACUAUAAGUGCUCAGUAAAUGGUAGACAGGGUUAUGACUGGAUGUCAGUACCUGUUUGAUGAAUACAUGAAUGAGGGGGCCUGGUAUUCUCAAGUUCGUAAAGCCCUUUCCCAACUGUCAGAAGAGGUGGCUACAGCCUUUGGGGAACAUCUGCACAUCAGUGUCUGAGUUCCAUCCCUGCCACCUCCUGGCUGAGGGAUUUCUUUCUCUCUCUAAGCCUGUUCCCUCCCCUGCAAAAUGAAGCUCAGACAGCCUGCUGGCCCUAAAGCAAGGAUCACGGGCCCCGGCAAGUAGGAGAGCCUCAGUCAGUGGGACAGAGCUAGGCUGUACAGAUAUGUGCAGUGUCCCUUGGGGUUACUAUUAUUGUUGUUUAUUCGUCUCACCAACCUUGUGAGGAAGGCAGGCAAGGCAGUGAGCUCGGGGUUAGGAGGUCCACCACGGAUGGGCUCUGGGCUGGACCACUUCAGCUGUGCUCUUAUUUCCUCAGUUAAUCCCCACAGCUCCCUGCAACACAGGGCCAUUAUUUUCCCCACUUUACCGAGGGGGAAACUGACUCAGGGAUUCACCCAACCUCUUGCUGAUACAAAGAAGCCAACCUGGAUGUGAAACAAUCUGUGGCUGACACCAAAGCCAGUGUCCUUUCCCUGAGCUCAUUCCUGCUGAGCGGGCUUAGCCCAGAGAGUUUGAGGCACUUACUAGUGGCUGCACAGUGAAUUACAGACAUUGCUGGGCCCCCUAUCAUCUCACCUGCCUCCCGCGGGUCCAGCCCGUGCCUGGUAAAGUGAGGGAACUGAAGGAGGGAGCCCAGCUGAGUGGAACCCAGAAGAUCCAGAGGGCAGCUGGUGGGCUUAACAGUGAGGUGGGCCCGCCUCUUGGAGCUGGGGGUGGUUAGGGGGGCCUGCAGGAGGGAGAACCCAAGCAGGUAAA